CCAGGCCCAGUACAAUGACUUCCAGUGGGAGCAAGUGCGGAGUCACCCUGGCACCCGGACCCCUGCAGACCUGCCGCAUGGCUCCUACUUGAUGGUCAAUGCUUCCCAGCAUGGCCCAGGGCAGAGGGCCCAUGUCAUCUUCCAGAGCCUGAGUGAGAAUGACACCCACUGUGUGCAGUUCAGCUACUUCCUGUACAGCCGGGAUGGACACAGCCCUGGCACCCUGGGCGUCUACGUGCGCGUCAAUGGGGGGCCUCUGGGCAGCGCUGUCUGGAAUAUGAGCGGAUCCCACGGCCGUCAGUGGCACCAGGCUGAGCUGGCUGUCAGCACCUUCUGGCCCAAUGAGUAUCAGGUGCUGUUUGAGGCCCUCAUCUCCCCAGACGGCAGGGGCUACAUGGGCCUAGAUGACAUUCUGCUUCUCAGCUACCCCUGCGCCAAAGCCCCGCAUUUUUCCCGCCUGGGCGACGUGGAGGUCAAUGCGGGCCAGAACGCCUCGUUCCAGUGCAUGGCGGCAGGCAGGGCAGCCGAGGCCGAGCGCUUCCUCCUGCAGCGUCAGAGCGGGGUGCUGGUGCCCGCGGCUGCUGUGCGGCACAUUAGCCAUCGGCGUUUCCUGGCCACCUUCCCGCUGUCCGCUGUGGGCCGCGAAGAGCAGGACCUGUAUCGCUGCGUGUCCCAGGCCCCGCGAGGCGCCGGGGUCUCGAACUUCGCAGAGCUCAUUGUGAAGGAGCCCCCGACCCCCAUCGCACCCCCGCAGCUGCUGCGCGCCGGCCCCACGUACCUCAUCAUCCAGCUCAACACCAACUCCAUCAUCGGGGACGGGCCCAUCGUGCGCAAGGAGAUCGAGUACCGCAUGGCGCGGGGCCCGUGGGCAGAGGUGCACGCCGUCAGCCUGCAGACCUACAAGCUGUGGCACCUGGACCCGGACACGGAGUAUGAGAUCAGCGUGCUGCUCACACGCCCGGGAGACGGCGGCACGGGCCGUCCUGGGCCGCCACUCAUCAGCCGCACCAAAUGUGCAGAGCCCAUGAGGGCCCCUAAAGGCCUGGCCUUCGCCGAGAUCCAAGCCCGCCAGCUGACCCUCCAGUGGGAACCGCUGGGCUACAACGUGACGCGUUGCCACACCUACACCGUGUCCCUGUGUUAUCACUACAUCCUGGGCAGCAGCCACAACCAGACCUUCCGGGAGUGUGUGAAGAUGGAGCGGGGUGCCAGUCGCUACACCAUCAAGAACCUGCUGCCCUACCGGAAUGUCCAGGUGCGGCUCAUGCUCACGAACCCCGAGGGGCGCAAGGAUGGCAAGGAGGUCUCCUUUCAGACCGACGAGGAUGUGCCUGGAGGGAUCUCCGCUGAGUCCCUGACCUUCACCCCCUUGGAGGACAUGAUCUUCCUCAAGUGGGAGGAGCCCCAGGAGCCCAACGGUCUCAUCACACAGUAUGAGAUCAGCUACCAGAGCAUUGAGUCCUCAGACCCGGCAGUGAAUGUGCCAGGCCCGCGCCGCACCAUCUCCAAGCUCCGCAAUGAGACCUACCACGUCUUCUCCAACCUGCACCCAGGUACCACCUACCUGUUCUCCGUGCGGGCGCGCACCGGCAAAGGCUUUGGACAGGCGGCGCUCACUGAGAUCACCACCAACAUCUCAGCCCCCAGCUUUGAUUACGCCGACAUGCCUUCACCCUUGGGCGAGUCUGAGAACACCAUCACCGUGUUGCUGAGGCCGGCACAGGGUCGAGGAGCACCCAUCAGCCUGUACCAGGUAAUUGUGGAGGAGGAACGGCCACGGCGGUUGCGGCGGGAGCCCGGUGGCCAGGACUGCUUCCCGGUGCCAAUGCCGUUUGACACAGCGCUGGCCCGGGGCCUGGCGCAUUAUUUUGGUGCUGAGCUGGCGGCCAGCAGCCUGCCGGAGGCCAUGCCCUUCACCGUGGGGGACAACCAGACCUAUCGUGGCUUCUGGAACCCACCGCUUGAGCCCCGGAAGGCCUACCUCAUCUAUUUCCAGGCAACAAGUCACCUGAAGGGGGAGACCCGGCUCAACUGUAUCCGCAUUGCCCGGAAAGCUGCCUGCAAGGAAAACAAGCGGCCCCUGGAGGUGUCCCAGCGAUCGGAGGAGAUGGGGCUCAUCUUAGGAAUCUGUGCAGGGGGACUUGCCGUCCUCAUCCUCCUCCUGGGGGCCAUCAUUGUCAUCAUCCGCAAGGGGAGAGACCACUAUGCCUACUCCUACUACCCGAAGCCAGUGAACAUGACCAAGGCCACGGUCAACUACCGCCAGGAGAAGACCCACAUGAUGAGCGCGGUGGACCGGAGCUUCACCGACCAGAGCACCCUGCAGGAGGACGAGCGGCUGGGCCUCUCCUUCAUGGACGCCCACGGCUACAGCCCCCGGGGAGACCAGCGCAGCGGUGGGGUGACCGAGGCCAGCAGCCUCCUGGGGGGCUCGCCGCGGCGGCCGUGCGGCCGGAAGGGCUCCCCCUACCACACGGGGCAGCUGCACCCGGCAGUGCGUGUGGCCGACCUGCUGCAGCACAUCAACCAGAUGAAGACGGCGGAGGGCUACGGCUUCAAGCAGGAGUACGAGAGCUUCUUUGAUGGCUGGGAUGCUACGAAGAAGAAAGAAAAGGUCAAGGGUGGACGGCAGGAGCCCAUGCCUGCCUAUGACCGGCACCGUGUGAAGCUCCACCCGAUGCUGGGAGACCCCAACGCCGACUACAUCAACGCCAACUAUAUAGACAUUCGGAUAAACCGAGAAGGUUACCACAGGUCAAACCACUUCAUAGCCACUCAAGGGCCGAAGCCUGAGAUGGUGUACGACUUCUGGCGCAUGGUGUGGCAGGAGCGCUGUUCCAGUGUCGUCAUGAUCACCAAGCUGGUGGAGGUGGGCCGGGUGAAAUGCUCCCGCUACUGGCCGGAAGACUCGGACAUGUAUGGAGACAUCACGAUCACGCUGCUGAAGACAGAGACUCUUGCUGAAUAUGUCGUGCGCACCUUUGCCCUGGAGCGGAGAGGCUACUCGGCCCGGCACGAGGUCCGACAGUUCCACUUCACGGCGUGGCCAGAGCACGGCGUCCCUUACCAUGCUACGGGGCUGCUGGCCUUCAUCCGGCGUGUGAAGGUCUCCACCCCACCCGAUGCCGGGCCCAUUGUCAUCCACUGCAGCGCUGGCACCGGCCGCACAGGCUGCUACAUCGUCCUGGACGUGAUGCUGGACAUGGCGGAGUGUGAGGGCGUUGUGGACAUUUACAACUGCGUGAAGACUCUCUGCUCCCGGCGAGUCAACAUGAUCCAGACCGAGGAGCAGUAUAUUUUUAUCCACGAUGCAAUCCUGGAAGCCUGCCUGUGUGGGGAGACCACCAUCCCUGUCAGCGAGUUCAAGGCCACCUACAAGGAGAUGAUCCGCAUUGACCCUCAGAGUAACUCCUCCCAGCUGCGGGAAGAGUUCCAGACACUGAACUCGGUGACGCCACCGCUGGACGUGGAGGAGUGUAGCAUUGCCCUGCUGCCCCGGAACCGAGACAAGAACCGCAGCAUGGACGUCCUGCCGCCCGACCGCUGCCUGCCCUUCCUCAUCUCCACCGACGGAGACCCCAACAACUACAUUAACGCGGCCCUGACUGACAGCUACACUCGGAGUGCGGCCUUCAUUGUGACCCUGCACCCGCUGCAGAGCACCACGCCUGAUUUCUGGCGGCUGGUCUACGACUACGGGUGCACUUCUAUCGUCAUGCUCAACCAGCUGAACCAGUCCAACUCCGCCUGGCCCUGUUUGCAGUACUGGCCAGAGCCAGGCCGGCAGCAGUAUGGCCUCAUGGAGGUGGAGUUUGUGUCGGGCACAGCGGAUGAGGACGUGGUGGCCCGGGUCUUCCGGGUGCAGAACGUGUCUCGGGAGGGGCACCUGCUGGUGCGACACUUCCAGUUCCUGCGCUGGUCUGCAUACCGGGACACGCCUGACUCCAGGAAGGCCUUCCUGCACCUGCUGGCCGAGGUGGACAGGUGGCAGGCGGAGAGUGGGGAUGGACGCACUGUUGUGCACUGCCUAAACGGGGGCGGCCGCAGUGGCACCUUCUGCGCCUGCGCCACGGUCCUGGAGAUGAUCCGCUGCCACAACUUGGUCGACGUCUUCUUUGCUGCCAAAACGCUUCGCAACUACAAGCCCAAUAUGGUGGAGACCCUGGACCAGUACCACUUUUGCUACGACGUGGCCCUGGAGUUCUUGGAGGAGCUGGAGUCCAGAUAGCAGCCCCUAGCCUGGGGCACCUACUGCGUACUCAGGGCCAGGCCCACUGACCAGGACUGCCGAGGAGGACCCAGGCGUCCAGCCCUGCUUGGUCACUGUCCCCGCAGGGGAAGCAUUGGAGGGACCGCCGGAAGCGUCUUGGUGCCCUUCCACUGUGGGCAGGGCCUUUUGUCAUUACCCGAGGGCAGGCUGUGGGCCAGCACGCCGCUCCAGCAAGGAUGCAGCCUGCCCCACCCCCACGGUGUCCUGUGAUCGACGGGCCUGGAGGGGCCCCCAGGGAGGCAGAGCGGCCAGCUUGGUGGGACCCAGGCCCGAGUCUUUGACCCCAUCCCUGGCAGAGAUGGGGGAGCCCUGCACAGGUGGUGCCAGGCUGAGGUGUCUGCCUGCUGGGCAUGGAUGGAAGAUGAAUUGGGGCGUGGCUUCUGUAAUCCCGGUUGGCCCAGCCCCUGAGGCUCCCAGGGUAUUGAUCUGCUCUGCCAGCUGCAUAGCCCGACUUCCCUUCCUGGGGGGCCUGCAGCUCCCUUCUCUAGCCUUGCUCCUGCCAUCUGGGAGUGUCUGCUCACGACCCACCCCACCUCUGCUUCUCUGAACCAGGGUCUGGCCAUCUCUGUCCAGUCCCAUGUGGGACCCUUCCCGCUUGACCCACCCUCUGCAGAAUGAAGCCAACGUAUUCCCCACCCAUAGCUUUCAGGCCUCACUGGAUGACCUGCUCAGCCUGGGCCAGCGACAAUCUGCAAGGCUGGACAAUUCCCAGACCGCGAGCUUCCCAUGGCUCUGUGAGGAGAGGGAAGUGCCGGAGGAGGGGUACAGAGAACCCGUAGAGUUUGGAGGAAGGAAGGGGUAUUUUGGGGGUCAAGAUCUUUGCUUUCUUGGUUUAUUUUGUUGUUUUGUGAUGGGUGGAUGGGAAGCUCUCUUUGAAAUGGGACAGGUCACAUCCCCAUUCCGUGCCUCAAUAUCCCCAUCAGUAAACUGUAGCUAAGACUACUGACCUACCUCGCAGGGGGCUGUGGGGAGGCAUAAGCCGAUGUUUGUAAAGCGCUUUGUAAAUAAACGUGCUCUCUGAAUGCC